AGAAGAGCAUGUCCGCAACUCGAGCCAAGAAAGUGAAGAUGGCCACCAAAUCAUGCCCCGAAUGCGACCAACAGGUUCCUGUUGCAUGUAAAUCGUGCCCCUGUGGUUACAUAUUUAUUAGCAGAAAACUUUUAAAUGCAAAACAUUCAGAGAAAUCACCAUCUUCUACAGAAAACAAGCAUGAGGCCAAGAGGAGGCGAACAGAGAGAGUUAGGCGAGAGAAGAUAAAUUCUACAGUAAAUAAGGAUUUAGAAAACAGAAAGAGGUCUCGAAGUAACAGCCAUUCAGAUCAUAUCAGACGAGGAAGAGGAAGACCUAAAAGUGCAUCUGCCAAAAAACAUGAGGAAGAAAGAGAGAAACAGGAAAAGGAAAUUGACAUCUAUGCUAACCUCUCUGAUGAAAAGGCUUUCGUGUUUUCAGUCGCCUUGGCAGAAAUAAAUAGAAAAAUUAUCAAUCAAAGACUUAUUCUCUGAUACUUGUCUGCAAAAUCUAUUGAAACUUUCUUCAGGAUUACAUCAGCAAAGUCUCAAACAGUUACGGACUCUCAGGAGCAUUCUGAAUGCAUCAGUAAGGGCCACUGAUUGUUUUUUCCCCUCAAUGGACACUCCACGUCAUUUAGCCUGUGUCACACUUUGGGAGCAAAACUGUAGACUUGGACUGUUCUGGGAUUUCCUUAUUUACCAAGGAGCAUUGUCAGUGUUCUGUGUUUGAAAUAUAAGUAUGUGUAUUUACCUUUUUACAAAAUGCUGGAUGGAUAUUAAGGGUAAAGGGGUGGGAUCGGGUUGGAGGUAUGAAAAAUAGGGAAAUAAAAUACUUGAUAAUUUUCAGGUUUGCCACUAGAGAUGCAAUAUUUUAAAUACUUUCAGAAAGAGUGACUUUUAAAUAUAUAUAUUUCAGAUUUUCAGCACUAAUAGAUCACAAUUCAUUUACCUUUAAUAAAUUGGCAAUGGAUAUUUUAUUGAAUGGGGAAUUAAGAAUAUAAACUAUAAAUUUUGUCUGAAAUUGAUUGUUUUUCCUUUGGCCUUUAUAUUUAUGACUUAAGGUUAUGAGUUCUAUCUUGGGAAAUGAUUUCUAGACAUUCUGGAAGUUUGGGUGCUAUAUGAAGAAAAAUACCAUACUGAAGAGAUAUAUACCUUGUUUUCUUGAAUGUAAUUUAUUUAUUGGUUAUUUUUUUUCUGCUCUCAAGAUGGUGCCUGUUAAUCUAAACAUACAUAUAUUUAUUACAUAUAAAAUAUUUCUUAGAUAGCCACUUUUAAGCAGUAAUGUUUUAUCUGAAUGGAUAAAUUAUCAUCCUGAUAAUUAUUUAAAUUGUUACUUAACUUCACUCUGGAAGAAAAAAAUAAACCUUAAUAUUGAAAC